GCUCGUGCGAAGGUCAUGGGAUACUUGCAGGUCGGAGGGUUCGGCCAUCACCCUCCAGGGCAUAUGCUGAUCAACGCUCAGCGAGUGCUGCAGGCGCUGGCGACCGUGCUGGACUUGCUGGAGGGUUCUGGAGCUGUCACUGGCCGACGCGUGCUGGCGGGUGGCGAGCGAGCUGGGAUCGUGCCGGGCGCGCGGCUCUUCCUGGCCUCGAUGGUCGAGCAGGACCUGGCGCGGCGCGUGGCGAUGCUGCGCAGGAAGCUGCUGGACGCCAAGAGCUGCGGCAAGCUCGGUGGCAGGGGUCAGGGCGAGCGUCAAGCCCGACCCGAGGAGGCGGGCGCGGAAGCGGCAGAGCCGACUCGCCCUCGCCGAGCCGCCAGCAGAGCCGCGGUCGCGGCAGGAGCCGUGGGCGCGGCCGUG